AUGAAGCCUCGGACCCGAAAUGAAUGGGCACAAGCUACGGCAUUGAGUGGUGUCUUCUCUGAAGCUUCGAGGGUCCCAACCGUCGGACCGCGAGAGCUCCUUCUACCAUGUUCGUGCUUGCCGGCCGAGGCAGCGUGCGCAUCGGGGCCUCGCCUCGCUCUUCAUGACCGUGCCCAUGACCGUGCUCGCGCUCUCUCCAUGUUGAUGCCCAUGCUGGGGCCCAAUGCACGUCUAUGCACGUCUAUGCUUUGCAAUAGUACAUACAGUAGUCCUAUUCUUGAACGAGGAGAACCAGCCGCGCCGCACAUGCCUGCAUUCCCGUCAACCUAA